UGGCCAGUUUACCUUUGUGCCUAUCCAGACCUUCUGACUGCAAACUUAGUUGACGACCAUAUGGAUCUUCGCUGACUAAUCUUAAUAAUUCAGCACGUAGGCAACCUUGUUGGCAGCAUUUUAGAUGGAUAGUAAGCUCCUUGCUAAAUUCGUGUAAAACUCGAAACGUGAAGCGCCAAGUAGCAUGAUCACACGAUGGGGAACAGAACUGUACUUAAUUUGCUGGCAUUCAUGUUGGUAACGUGCUCUGUAGGUGAAGUGCGUUGUGCUAUCCUUGGCGAACGAGGAAGCAGUCUAAUAUUAAAACCACAGACAAGGGGAACGUUGGAGGAAGUAACCUGGACACAUAAUGGCAACAAAGUGGUAGUUUACGAUCAGCAACAAAUUUUAACAUUUGAUCCUUUUAAAAAACGGGUUGUUUUAGAUCUCCGCUCAGGAGAUCUGACUAUAAAGAGGCUACAGACAGGUGAUGACGGUGUUUAUGAGUCAACCACUGUUGUAAAUGGGAAGCAACAGUACUCUAAACACAAUCUUCAAGUAAUUGAUACUGUUCCACAGCCAAAAGUGACGUGUAAAGAAGCCAACCCAGAGUCAGAGGGGGAAACGCUCCUGUGCGGUGUGGAUGCGGACACCCCUGUGACCUACAGGUGGAGGGGGCCUACGGUGUAUGAUCAUCCAGGCUCAGAGCUGCGGCUUGGCAAACAGGAGGACCCCGAGUCCGUUUUCACCUGCUUUGUGAAGAAUGAAAUCAGCGAGAAAUAUGUUACGUUCACUCUAAAAGACUGCCAGCCAGGUGGCAUUUCUCCCGGCAUUAUUGCUGCAAUUGUCCUGUCUGUCAUAUGUGCUUUAUGUCUGUUAAUUCUGAUCCCGCUCUUGGUUUGUAGAAAGCAGAAAAAAAAACCAAGACCGAACCAGACAUACAAUCAGGUGGACAUUGAAAACGGAGAAAACAAAAACCUGCUGUCAGCAGGGGUGCCAACAGACAAUGACACAGAUGCAGGGGGAAAGAAGAGGAAAGCGAAAGGGCUGUUUCGUGCUGUGCACCACAACCAGAAGAGUGGUUCUGGCCUUGAAGACACAGACAAUGAGGAAAAUACUUCAUUCUCCUUACGAGCAACCCUUCCAAGCCAUGCUAAACUAAGGCCUCCUAGAGCAGGACAUGAACGGGGAAAUGGCACUUGUGUAGCAAAGGACCUAAACAGUCCAGACAAAUCUACAGCCAGAAGAUUGCAGCAGGAAGAUCAAAGUGCUGAAAAACCAUACCUGUGUCUGUAGAGGUAGCCACACUGGACCAGAAGGCUGUGGAGGUCCAACCAGAGUUACAUGGUGCAGAAUCAGCACUAGCUGUCAUUACUAACUUCUCAUCUAGUGCAGA